CGCAUCCUUGGAAUGACGACGCCCUAGGGUUCGGAGGGAGGGUGUCCGCUUCUCCUCAGCCCCCUUCCUUCCCUGCUCCUCUCUGCUGGCUCUAGCCCAGACUUCAUUGUGCCCACGGCUUUCUCAGCCCACACCAGGACUUUCUCAGCCCACACCAGGCCGCGCACGGGCUGUUUCUCCCGAAGAACCACGUGGGAAACAGUGGGCCUGAGAAGGAUGGAAUUCGAACUCAGGUCUCGCUCCCCACUGCACUCCUUCACAAACAUCCGAUCCCAGCCUGCCCUUUCGGUCUGGUGGUGCUGCGGCCGGGAUUUGAGCCCCGCCCCGCGGGUUCGCACGUGGCCCCCACCUGACCCCGCGCGCGGAGAGGCGGAGUAGCGCGGGGCGGGUGGCAAACACAGCACUUUCUGCGGCUUUGACAAGCCCGCGGCGGCGGGGCGGAGCGCUUAGCCGGGCCGAGACUGCGCCAUGCAGGAAGCGCCAGCCGCGCUGCCCACGGAGCCGGGCCCCAGCCCCGUGCCUGCCUUCCUCGGCAAGCUGUGGGCGCUGGUGGGCGACCCUGGCACCGACCACCUGAUCCGCUGGAGCCCGAGCGGGACCAGUUUCCUCGUAAGCGACCAGAGCCGCUUCGCCAAGGAAGUGCUACCCCAGUACUUUAAGCACAGCAACAUGGCAAGCUUUGUGAGGCAACUCAACAUGUACGGUUUUCGGAAGGUGGUGAGCAUUGAGCAGGGCGGCCUGCUCAGGCCUGAGCGCGACCACGUCGAGUUCCAGCACCCGAGCUUCGUGCGCGGCCGCGAGCAACUACUGGAACGCGUGCGGCGCAAGGUGCCUGCGCUGCGCAGCGACGACGGCCGCUGGCGCCCCGAGGACCUGGGCCGGCUGCUGGGCGAGGUGCAGGCUUUGCGGGGAGUGCAGGAGAGCACCGAGGCGCGGCUGCGGGAACUCAGGCAGCAGAACGAGAUCUUAUGGAGGGAGGUGGUGACGCUGCGGCAGAGCCAUGGUCAGCAGCACCGGGUCAUCAGCAAGCUGAUCCAGUGCCUCUUUGGGCCACUUCAGGCGGGGUCGAGCAGCACAGGAGCUAAGAGAAAGCUAUCCCUUAUGCUGGAUGAGGGGAGCUCAUGCCCAACACCGGCCAAAUUCAGUGCCUGCGCCCUACCUGGUGCCCUCCUGCAGGACCCCUACUUUAUCCAGUCGCCCCUCCCAGAGACCACCUUGGGCCUCAGCAGUCCUCACAGGGCCAGGGGCCCCAUAAUCUCUGACAUUCCAGAAGACUCUUCAUCCCCUGAAGGGACGAGGCUUUCUCCCUCCAGUGGUGGCAGGAGGGAGAAGGGCCUGGCACUGCUCAAAGAAGAGCCGGCCAGCCCAGGGGGGGAAGGCGAGGCUGGGCUGGCCUUGGCCCCAAACGAGUGUGACUUCUGCGUGACAGCCCCCCCACCGCUGCCUGUGGCUGUGGUGCAGGCCAUCCUGGAAGGGAAAGGGAGCUUCAGCCCUGAGGGGCCACAGCCUGAACCAAGAGGUCCCAGGGAGGUACCUGACAGGGGGCCUCUGGGCCUGGAGAGGGGGGGCCGGAGCCCAGAGAGUCUGCUGCCUCCAAUGCUACUUCGGGCCCUCCCUGAAAGUGUGGAGCCUGCAGGGUCCCUGGAUGUGCUGGGCCCCAGCCUCCAAGGAAGGGAAUGGACCCUGAUGGACUUGGACAUGGAGCUGUCCCUGAUGCAGCCCUUGGUUCCAGAGAAGGGUGAGACUGAGCUGACAGUCAAAGGGUUAAAUUCUCCAAGCCCAGGGAAGGACUCAGCCCUUGGGGCACCCCUCCUGCUGGACAUCCAAGCACCUUUGGGAGGCCCAGCUCUCGGCCUGCCUGGAGCUUUAACCAUUUACAGCACCCCUGAGAGUGGAGCCUCCUACCUGGGCCCUGGGGCUGAUCCCUCCCCCUGAGACCUUCUUCACUCAGAAGCAGCUUGGCUGAGGGGCUGGCCUGCAGCCCCACACCCUUCCUUCUUGGCUUCCCCGCGCCCCCUGGUGGAGGCUGAGCCAAGAUCCUGCUACUCAGCAGCCCCUUUCCAUUACGAAGUCCAGCACAUAAACCGCAUUUUUUUUCUGUGUUUCUGGUCUCUUUUCUCUACCGACCAGGGAGCACAGAAGUCAUGGGUGGUGGGUGGUGGUGGGUGACUUUGCAUUUGUAGAAGCAUCCUGAUCCUAGGGCUUUAAUGAGGAAACCCUUAGAGAGUGGAGUACUUGGGGAGCCUGCUUCUAGUUCUCCUGCUUAGGCCUGGAUUCUCCAGCCCAGAUUCAGGGCUGUUGCGUGGCCACUGCAACCUCCGGGAAGUGGAGGCUCUGGGGGGUCACACCCCGCUCCGCAAUGCAUCGGCUCUAUGAUCCUCAGUAAGCCGGUCCACUUCUCUGAGCCUUAUCUGUGACAGGGAAAGGGGGGUCGACGAGAAUCUAGGGAUAAAGCGCCUGAGAAUUGCCAGGCCAGAGUGGGCGCUGGGUACUAAGGGCCGCAACGCCCGCUUGCUGACUCAUCCGGCGCGCCCGGUGUGGGGAGGGAAAGCGAACUACGUGUAU